AUGGUAAGAUGCUUUGCAGUCACCAAUGCAGUUAUCAACAUCCCGCCACAAGUUCCCUUCUUUUCGGCCUUUUUGAUUGAGAUCACACUGAAAUAAUCGAACAUAAGGCUUUUAUCAAAUGGUACUUUCCUAACUGGCCGUUGUGCAUUAGAAUGGACAUGGACCCUUUUUUCUGGCCUCGUGUCGACUUUUUUUCGAAACGACUUGUUAACCUUUGCAGAUCUUAGCAAGAAAUUGUAAAGCGGUGUUGUUUCGAAGCAAAUCUGCUGUAUAAAGCAAUGAUAGUCACAAAUAACCAGUUCCAUUGGUUAGCAGCAAGCCUCCUCUGUUGGAAGGUACGUAUUCCAGGAAACGUCGAACAGGUAGCUGUAGGCUCCGUCGAUGCAGGGAUGCACUUAUUAGGAGGCUUCACUAUUUCGUGGACCAGGGUUUUGCAGCUGCUACAUCGAACGCCCCAUUCUGCCCUACCUUGACGAUUGUCCGGCUGCCAACAGUAUACCCUCUCCCAAGGGCGGGGCUGAGUCGUAGGCGUAACGGACUUCAUAGUAUUGCCCAGACUUUGCCACCGCUCCCCGAGGAUCGGCUGCUUUUGGGUCAGAAAUCGCCCCAUGUUCAUUCCAGUCAUGAUUCGGAAUGCGACGGAGGCGAGGACAUUCCAUGAAUACGUGUUUACUGAUCCCCGCUCCAAUCCACAUUUCACGACGGCGAAAUAUUUUGCCUGUCACAGAGGUCGGAGUGGCGGUCAGCCCGUAGUCGCCCAAGGUGCAUCGGCUCGACAGCUGAACGCAUUUUUCCAGCACUCGUUUGCGCCUCUUCAUGUUCUCCACAGGCCCUUGACAGGCGAUUAUUGUUUCAUAUGGUGAAUCCAGCGUUCUUACUAUUAGCUACCUUGGCGCUAUCAUAUUAUCAAGGCAUGUCCUCUUGUGAAUGGGUGACCUAGACGUUUGUUAAAUCAACUUCCCCACUGAUUACUCCGCGGUCAGCAGAAACCGGGUAAUGCUGUGAGCACCCCCUCGCUGUUUCGGCCGACGCGUGUGCCCGAUUGCUUGGAGUUCAUCCAAAUAGGCUCAUGCCUCACAUUUGUUUAGGCUUAUCGGUCUUUGUUGAACUACGUUAGUAUCCCUAACAUCGCAGGCCGAUUAGAUCUACGACUCAUCUCACCUCAUGAAUUAUGGCGUUAUUUCCCCGCAUCAUGGCUUGAAGAGUAAUUGUGGACCCGCAGAGAUAUUCAAUCCGCGAAAUUGUUGUUUCAGGGAUGCCCGGCUGUGAUCAAGACGCCAAUGCCCCCAUUUCGAAGGUUCGUCUUUUAUUGAAUCAUCCCUAGAGAUCAUUUAGUCGACUGCACGGUGUUUGGUAGCUACAUUGGGUACACACUGAAUACCUCUGCAAUUUAUGGCGCCACAGGUAACCAUGCAAGGAAUAUAGUUCAGAAAUGUUCGCUCGGACAAUGACAGGAUUGACUCUUUAUAAUAGUUUUGUAUUUUAUCGCUGGCCCACUGUUUUAAUUCUGCCCAUUUGGCGAUUACAACCAGGUCAUUUCAGAGUUUUGCAUUGCUAGGGCUGGAAGACCUUUCAAAGAAAGUAAGCUCCAACUGGCGUUCUCAGGUCGCAAUGGAAGAGAGGCCGGCUUUCAGAAUCAUGAUCUCCAUACGACUAAAGGAAUUUUGAUUGGCUGCAGGAUUACUUUUUAUACCAACGGCCGGUUAAGCACGCUCACACCAGGUGGCAUCAUAUCACUUUGUACAUGCCGUCCUGCCCUCCACAAUUCCGGAUGCAUCCCCCUUCAUGCACAAUUUCGCCUCUUGAAAGGGUACACAAGUCUUGCCUAUCAUUCGGAUUUUCUGGUUAGGAAUUGAAAAGGACGCCUUUUACGGCAGGAACCCACUCCUGGCGCUUUUACUUCAGCAAAAGCAAAUGCAACCUGACACUUAUAAGCGCACAUGAGGCUUUGAUGCAGGAGCCUUUUUAUAACCAAAUCCGUGGGAAAUAUUGUCUGCGUGCCUUGAAACUGCAAGCCGUAAUCAACCGCCCUACUAUCUUACUGCGAAAGUAUGCGCCGUCCUCUUUAAGUUGCCGAAAUUAACAAAAAGUUCAAACAUACAAGAACGGUAUUAGGAACUUUUGGGCGAAAGACAUAGGCUUGAGGACGCAGUGCUGUGCAGAGUCUGCAAAUUCUUUGCUUGAAAUUUAAUUUAAUUUACUUCAUCAAGCCAUUUUGGCCCUGUUGCUGCCUAACAGCCUAAAUAACAGUCAGAAGUUAAUUCCCUGGCUAACUACUUAUGGCAGUGCUCGGGUGGGAAAGUAAACAGCCUGACUUCCAUACCAACAUCCGCAGCCUCGGGUAUGUCUGCGGACUUUUUUCUGGCCGAAUGGCGGGGACUAGCGGACUUCAAAAAAAUCGAAGUCACCUGCAACCAACUGAUACUUAAAGUCUAGUUCGGGGCUGUGAGCUGUUUCAUAUCCCUCUAUCUGCAGAUGAAGCCAAAACUAAGUGGGUACUUUUAAUCCGACCGAAGUCCCCUAGUACCAUUCUUGGCUUCCAUUAAAGUCAUUUUGUAGGUUGACCCUACAUUUUUGCAAAGCUGGCCUCCGCUUGGGUGGUUUUCAACUAUCCUCUGUGUCCCAGCCCAUGAGCCGUUAAGUAUUAUUGCAGUUUAAACGCUUUAAAAAGCAUGCCUAUAGUGGAGCGAAUUAAUGUUCAGGACUGUAGCCAACUUACGCAUCACAUAUCCAUAGAAUUGAAAGUGUAAGCUUGGUUACCGGAAGGUCAAACGCUCGUCGGCCCGUUCGAGGACUGUUUGGGCAAAAAGUGUCCUCUGCCGUUCCCGUUUUUUGUUUAGACAAAUCCACCUCCUCCCACCCCAAAGCUCUAAAAACUUUAUCGACGGCCCGUAGUUUAUUGGCAGGAUGGAUGUGGACACAAUUUUGGCCACUGCACCAUCGGGACACUGAUGACUGACUCGACUCGAUCAGCGUCUACUUGUGUCACUUGCACUGGUCCCUACACACAAUUGAUUCUAACUUCGAAGCAUGGGUCCUCUGAUCUGAUCGAAAACAGUUGCCAUCAAGGCAGCGUUGAGAAGUGGUCAUUGCGGCCUGAGCUUCUGUCUGGAUGAGGACAGAGUUAAUCCGUCGCGUUGUGGCCUUCCAAGCUACAACUUUCAGCGCCUUGGUCUUCACACUGCACACAUUGGAGGGCUUAUUGGUGUCAUGACCAGCUUGUCGCUCCUCGGAUGCUGCUAUAUAUGUGAAAGUCUAUUCAAAAAGGCCGCUGUUUUUAUCAGGAUUAAACUUUGGGAGCAGCAGAGCCGCUCUUUCAUCCUGUGGAAUAUCGGUGAUUACGACCAGAAAAAUAGGUUUUCUUAUUUCGGGGUUGGGAUUCGUUUUUCUUCGCUUGAGCAAAGGGCCGCUUCCUGAGUUUCCACUUUGCCUGCCAUUUUACUUCGUGAUCAUAUGAAAACUGCCACUAUUUUAAAACCAGUAAUUUAUCUAAACCUCCUGCCCAUAGGAUUCUGCACCAGACUCUGCUUGCAAGGUAAUCAACGUGAACCCUGGUGAGGAGGCGCGUUGGGUUGAUAGUGCUGAAUUUACCAAGAAUUUGGCGACCUUCAGUUCAUGGGAGUGGGUGUUUGGGUCGUCACCAAAAUUCACCAUACCCCUACGGAUUGCCACCGACCGCACUAUUCACGUGCUUUGUCAAAAAGGACGGUUUGCUGGAUUUCAGGAGGAUACCGGUGCCUCGGACGCUGCGCUUUCCUCGUGGCUGCGCCAGCUUGCUCACGUCCUCUCUGAGUCGCCUUGCAAGAAGAAUGCCUGGCUGGUCCCUAUAUAUGCCUUCCUGUCCUCUUCCGCCCACCGUUUAUCCGCCCAACAGAUUGAGAUAAUCAGCCAACUCCGCCAAGUUUCCGCUUCUUUUUAG